CACCGCUUUGGUUGAAAUUCUUUUCCACCAGGUGGCGACAAUGGAAAAUGUCCUAUUUGGCCUCUGUGUUUAUCUUUGGUUUUGAAGCCUAAAAUUUGUAAUUUAUUUUAAUCAUCGGUGAUUAAUUAAUUAAUCGUGUUUGUACAUUUAGUCUUUAAAAUCCGAAGAUGAGAAUUACCAGUUUGUUGAGAGCUGCAGGAAAACCUCGUUUGGCUUUAAUUGAUUUGGAUUAUACUUUAUGGCCAUGGGGAAUUGACCAAUUUAAAAUGGUUCCACCAUACAUGAAGAAAGAUAAUAGUGUUUACGAUGCUAAAGGUGUUAAAAUGGAACCUUUCCCUGAAGCUGAGAAGGCUCUUAAUUUGAUUAAAGAUCAUGGAAUUGAAUUGGCUGCUGUUUCAAGAUCUUACUAUUACCAUGGAGGACCGAUUCUCCUUUUCUAUUAUGGUUGGGAUAAAUUGUUCUCACACCAAGAAGUUUUCCCUGCUCGAAAAACUCGCCAUGCUACCAAUCUUCAUGAGACAACUGGUAUUCCCUAUUCAGAGAUGAUACUCUUUGAUGACGAGAAAAGAAACAUUGAUGAUUUGGCUCCUUUAGGUGUUAAUUGUAUCGAGGUUAAUCCCAAACAUGGAUUAACUGUUGAUUUGGUGAAAAAAGCUUUGGAAAAUCUUUCAAUGGGAGAAAAACAAAAACUCAAAGCAUCUAAUUAACCAACUAAACAUCUCUUUAACUACAAAAAUCACCUGAUUAUCAACAGAAAAGUAAAUUAAAGGAAACAAAUGUUACAGUUCCAAAGUGUUUCCUCAAUACUAGGAAGACCUUUUAAAGGUGGUCGAAAGAUAAACACCAUUAAUAUGUUAACUAGAUUUAACUCUAUUUAGGAUUGAUCAAUAAUUUUGUGAAUAAAUUUGUUCGACUUUCAAUGGUCAACUUAUCUAUUCUCCAAA